AUGGACGAAACAGUGACUUACGGAUUUUCAUCAGUACCAAUGUUGGUACAAGAAACUCCAUCUUUACUUCAACAACGACUAAAAUAUAUGGUGGAAAGCUGUCAAGAAUGGUGGGAUUACGCCAUCUUUUGGCAAUCAUCUAAAGGCAACGAUCCCCACUUUCUUGUUUCCUUCGGUGAUUGCUACUUGAAAGGUCCCAAGAAUUUUCUCUCUCAAACAAUCUCCAACACACGCCACCACCAAUCUCAUGUAACAAAUCUUGAUCAAGGGCAUGAACUUGACACAAUAUCAGAAUUCAUCAUGGCGUCGGUUAUGAGGUCGUAUGUUCUUGGAGAAGACAUCGUUGGCGGCACAUUUGGUUCUGGUUCCUCUGUGUGGUUAGCCGGUGACCAUGAGUUGGGAAUGAACGGCAGCCAGAGAGCUAAAGAGGCUUAUUUGCGUGGGAUCAAAACCUUGGUUUGCAUUGCAACUUCUUGGGGUGUUGUUGAGCUUGGUUCCACGAAUCUAUUAGAAGAGAAUUGGGGUCUGGUCCCUCUAGCCAAGUCCCUCUUUAGCUCUGAAACUAACCUUACUAUCAAUGGAAACCCUCUUCAUCAAGUCCAACUAUUAGGAACUCAAAAGGACAGUUCUGGUGAGGGCAAUGAAGAAGGUAAAGGAAAGACAGUGAUGUGCGAGUCUCAGACAGACUGGUUGCUACUCGAUGUUGGAAGGCCUUCUACUUCAACUAGGGACAACAUGCCGAAGAAGAAGAGUCAAAAAACGAUGAACACCACAACUGAUCAGGUAAACCCUAAAUACGUUGACAUGGAAAGACAAAGAAGGGAGAAGCUAAACCAACGAUUCUAUGCACUCAGAAGUGUGGUUCCAUACGUUUCCAAGAUGGACAAAGCUUCAUUACUCGCUGAUGCCGUCACCUACAUCGGUGAACUCAAGUCCAAGAUCGAAACUUUAACUGAGAAAGCCGAUAACUUGCAUAUCAAUGUGGACGAUGGUGCACCCAGGACAGAAACCCUUUUGUCAACCAACUGCAGGAUCCAUGAAACUGAAGUGGAGGUGAAAAUAAUUGGAUCAGAAGCUGUGAUUCGUGUACAAUCACCCGAUGUGAAUCAUCCGGCAGCCAGACUGAUGGAUGCAAUGAAAAGCCUAGAAAUUAGGGUUCAUCAUGCAAGUGUUUCCAACAUCAAUGGCAUGGUGAUUCAAGAUAUUGUAGGUCAUAUUCCCCAAGCAUUUCUAACCGAUGAGAGAGCAUUGAGAGUCUCUAUUCUUCAAGAGUUGUAA